CUUUGUUGUUAAGCAACUCUUCAGGUAAAUCUUGACUCCCAGCUUUGCGAAUGAAAGAAUGAUCAGUGAAGCCUGGUUUCUCGACACUCAAUAAGCUUCGGCUGACAAGAAAGAGAAGAUGUGCAAAGACAAGAUACUCUCUUUAUUUUCAAAGAUGCCAAAACCCACUGAUGUGAUGCUAACCGUGCCAGUAUACCAGCAACAGCAGUAUGGCGUCUCCAGGUUCCUGAAGAUCAAGCCACUGGCUUUGGGGAUUUUGGAACUAUUGCUAGCCUUAUUGGGACUCUGUUUGACAAUCUGGAAUGUUCAUUUUUCUCUUCUCUGGUCACCAAUCAGCUUCAUUUUAACUGGAGUAUUAACAGUCUCGGCAGCAAGCACGUGUAAACCAUGUCUGGUCAAAUCCUCACAAAUGCUCAGUUAUUUCAAUGCGGCAGCAGCAGCUCUGUCUCUCUGCUUUCAUUUUUAUUACACUUGGGGUGUGACCUGCUUUCUCCUGAUGGCCUGUGAUACUCUCAUCCUCAUCUUCUCUGUCACUGUUGCUUUAACCUCCUGUUCCUGUUGCUGCAGACCAAAGUCAAGACAUGUCGAGAUCAGUUAUAUGAACGCAGAUUUGCCCGUCAACCAUAUUGUGCUCAUGGGCCAGCCGGACCCCUCUGCAGUGGUACAGUCCGUUAGUUCAGUCAUGUAUGUGCUGCCAGCAGUCCCACCUGCGCCUCUGCCAAAUUACAGUCCAGUACCAACUACACCUCCACCAGCCUAUGACCAGGUCUCAGCUGCACCUCCACCAAACUACGGUCCAGUCCCGAGUGCUCCUCCACCAGCAUAUGCGUAUGAAGAUUUACAGACCAGAAGAUGAACCGGAUCUCAGUUGGUGUUUACACGUUGGAUUAUGGC